UUCCGGUGGACCCACACAAAGCCCUCAUAAAUCACUCUUCCCUAAAAUGGUUCGCCCGUUCGCCGUCUACAAAAACACCCAAAAAAAUAAAAAGUACUGUCACCUACAAAAUUUUGGCAUAGCUCUCUUAAUAUAAAGCUUGUAGCCUUUUGAAGCUAUGGGUGCGUGCUAAGUUUAACUCAGGCGCAAAAUAGCAUCAACCACCACUGCUAUGCUCGGUGUACUCUGUGCACGCCCAAAGCCUUGGAUCCUCACCUCUCUCACGCACUUCUACGGCUUUUCAUCAGCUCACUACACCCGACUGCAUACUCCUAUACACUUCGGCGAUUCCUGCAUCUCCUCUCGGCAGCGCCACCACUCCAGCGCCUGUCGUCUCGUCGCUUCCAGUGGUGGCGUCGCCUCCAUAUGGCAUGCGAUCCAGCCAUCAGGAUUUAACGGGAGGAGUAGUGCACGGCGGCUGCUGGCUGAACCCAGAGGAGAAGGAUCGUGGAACGUCGCAUGGGAUGCGAGGCCUGCUCGCUGGCUCCAUCGGCCUGACUCUGCUUGGCUACUGUUCGGCGUUUGUGCGUGUCUAGCGCCCAUUGAUUUUUGGGCCGACGUUAAUCCCGAGAGCGUUGCUGCUGAUGUGAAGACUGAUCCAAGUGGGAUUUAUAGUUCUGAUGUGAAAAAUGACAAUUCUGCUGAUUUUAAGGUCACAGGAGUGCUGGCUGAUGGGCGAUGCUUGUUUAGAGCAAUAGCUCACAGUGCUUGUUUGAGAAGUGGGGAAGAAGCCCCUGAUGAAAAUCGCCAAAGAGAACUCGCUGAUGAACUAAGAGCUCGAGUGGUGGAUGAGCUUUUAAAGAGGCGUGAAGAAACUGAAUGGUUUAUAGAAGGAGAUUUUGAUGCAUAUGUCAAGAGAAUUCAACAACCUUAUGUAUGGGGUGGAGAACCUGAGUUGCUCAUGGCUUCACAUGUUUUGAAGACUAUGAUUUCAGUCUUCAUGAUAGAUAGGACAUCAGGUAAUUUGGUAAACAUAGCAAAUUAUGGUGAAGAGUAUGGGAAGGAUCAAGCAAAUCCCAUUACUGUGCUUUUUCAUGGAUAUGGUCAUUACGACAUGUUGGAAACCUCAGACCAGAGUUGCCAGGAAGUGAGCAUGUAGAAAUCAGGGUGGUUCAUAAAAUAAUCGCACCCUUUGGAUCGGUCAAAAUAACGCUGCAAGUUCUUUUUUUUUUUCAUGCUGUGUAUUUUUCAGUUAAAUUAUAAUCUGUCUUAAGUUUGAUGGAUUUAUUGCAGCUAACACCCUCAAUUCCAGCGAUUGGCUUGCUAAAGUUUUGUAGAUUCCAGGGUUGUUUUUACAAAUUUUAAAUUCAAUCAAAUACAUCAAGUUGGUAAACUUAUUUUCUA